AUGAAGCAUGUUAUUAAUAAGAGACAUCCUAGAAGGAAGCUUAAAAAUGGUCAAAGAGUCCCCCUUAAGUGGUGUGGAUCUAAAACAGGAUGGCAUUGCUGUGGAUGCAAGCAUUCAGACCUAGGAGAAAUGGGAGUAGGAGUUACUGUUUACUUUAAGAUGCUUAAAUUUCUAAUGAUAUUAUUCCUUUGGUUCUUUUUGCUGAGUCUACCUUCUUUUCUCUUUUACUACAGUGGAAAUUAGAUAUCUACUGAGAAACUUACUCUUAAGCAUAUUAUAACUGCUUUCUCUCUUGGAAACAUUGGAUAAGCCUCAAAUGCUUGCAACUAUGGAGAUUGCCCAUAUGACUUCAGUCAGGAACUUAAUAUUGAUAAAAAGUGCAACUUGGAGUCUAUGGGUAUUAAAUAUGAGAAGCAGAUACAUAAAAGAUUUGAUGAGGAAUGCAAAGAGAUUAACAAAAGAGCUCUUGAUCCUAGAGGAUUAAAACCAUAAAUUUAUGCUGAAGCACUUUGCCAAAAUUUAUACGUUCCAAUCCCCUUUUGA